AUGAGACGGGAUCCUCGAUAUUUGAAUGUCAACGAGCACACCAAGAUAUGCGGCGAACACUUUGUGAUAGAAGACUACCUGAAUCCUUAUUCAGUGAAAAAACGACUUAAGGAAGGUGCAGUUCCUUCGAUUUUUGCGUGGAAUAAAGAUAAAUACCAGUCUAAGAAAAGACGUUCUGUUACAGAAGAGCUGGAGUCUACAAGAACUGAGGACGAUAAAGUAAUAGACACUGCAUCUGAGGGAGAAGGCGACCUUGUCACAAACAGCUCUGAAAAAGACCUGGGUUUAGUUUCACGAAAAACACAAACAUUUGAGGAUGACAUUAACACUUCGUCAGAUGAUCAUUGGCGAAUUCCUUGCUCACAUAAAUUUUCUGUGGCUCAUUUACUUUCGAAAUGCACGACGCCUAAGAAGGAGGAAAAUAUGUUUACUCUCUUUACUGGAUUUAAUUCUCAUGGUGAGUUCAUGAAUACGUAA